AUGGUCGUCCACAGUAGCGGUCGCAAGGCCGAGACGGGUGCUGCCGACCCCAUCAUCACCCGCAUCUCCGAGGAAGACAAGGUCGCCUGGUACAAGAAGCCAAACCUGCGAUACCUCUACCUCAUGCUUUUCCCAACGUGUAUGGGUAUCGAGCUGACGUCCGGCUUCGACUCUCAAAUGAUCAAUGCUCUCCAGAUGGUCAGCGCAUGGAAAGACUACUUCGACUAUCCCAGCGGGGCUCUGCAGGGCAUAAUCGCUGCUGCGUACUCCCUCGGCGCGAUCCUCUCUCUGCCCUUCAUCCCGUAUGUUAACGAUAGGUGGGGCCGCCGAUGGUCCAUCUUUGGUGGCAGCACCAUCAUGAUCGUGGGUGCUCUGCUGCAGGGUUUCUCGACGCAUGUUGGCAUGUACAUUGUCGCCCGCCUCAUCCUCGGAUUUGGUAUCCCAACUUGUAUCGUGUCCGGCUCGUCGCUCAUUGGCGAGCUCAGCUAUCCCAAGGAACGACCGGUUCUGACGUCGCUGUUCAACGUUGCUUACUUUUGUUGGCCAGUAUUUUUCAAGACAAGAUCACUGAUAUCGAUUCGGCAGCUUCCUCCCCGAGAGUCCCGCUGGCUGAUCGUCAAUGACCGCAUUGAAGAGGCCAGAGAGGUGUUCAUCACGUACCACGCCGAGGGCGACCGCGACUCGGAGUUUGUCAAGGCAGAAAUGGCACAGAUCCAGACAACUAUUCGUAUCGAGAUGGACGCUGCCAAGAUGAGCUGGAUGGAUAUCCUGGCCACUGCCGGCAACAGGCGUCGAGCUCUCGUGACCAUGUUCCUCGGCCUCUUCACUCAAUGGUCGGGCAACACGCUCAUCUCCUACUAUCUCGGCACCAUCCUCGAGAAGAUUGGCUGGACGAACACGCAAGACAUGCAGAAAGUCAACCUCGGCAUUGCAGGCUGGAGUCUCAUCUGCGGCACCACUGUGGCCCUGCUCGUCCGUCGCUUCCGGCGUCGCGUCAUGUACAUGACCUGCGUCCUCUCUCUCCUCUGCGUCUACAUCGCCUGGACCGUCUCCAUGGAGCGCGCGAUGCACGCCAACGAGAACAACUACACCAACAACGCCGCCUCGACGGCGACCCUCUUCUGGAUCUUCGCCUACUCGCCCGCCUACAACAUUGGCUACAACGCCCUGACCUACACCUACCUCGUCGAGCUGUGGCCCUACGCGCUGCGCUUCGCGCGGGCAUCGCCUUUCUUCCAGCUCUUUCGGCCGCCUGGCCGGCUUCUUCACGACCUUUUGUUCGAGGACAAGCAUUUUGCGGAGAACGCAAACAUGGCUGUCGAGAAGGUUGUGCAUGAGGAUGUGCCUGGGGCGCAGAGGCCGCUGGAGGAUGAGAAGGUGGUGGGCGCAGGGGAGGUGGAGGAUGCGGGGAGGAGGGUUUGA